AUGCCAUUGAAGUGCCAUUGUGACCCAGGCUAUUUGCACAGCUGGUUUCUGUUGAGGUUUUGCCGAAUAUCCGGCCAUAAAAGCCGGGGCAAGGUCACAACCAGCACAGUUCACAGCAAGAUGCUUUGGCGCUGGGAUUAUCUGGUCUUGGGCAUGCUGCUCCUGGCCGAGCUCAGCCAACUGGGUGAGGCGGUGACCACGACGAGGCGAAACAGGCGAUUGAGAAACGGCAAUGCCAAGAAGGUGGCCACAAGGAGGAACCUUAUUGGAACUACAGCCAGGAAACUCUCCACCAAGAAGCUAAAUAAUCGAAGCAAGAAGGCUUCCACUUCCACAUCUUCGUCCAAAAUUCAAUCCAAGAUUGUGGGUGGUACGAGCACCACCAUUUCCAGCACUCCCUACAUUGUCCAGGUGCGCCGGGCCACGAAUCUCUGUGGAGGUUCGCUGAUUGCCGAUCGAUGGGUCCUGACCGCCGCCCACUGUGUGAAAGGACACAGUGCUUCCGUUUUUACGGUGCUUGCGGGAAGCACCACUUUGGAUGGCUCUGAUGGCGUCACUCGAUCCGUUGACUCUGUCCACGUGGCGCCCAAGUUCACCACCAGCAAAAUGAACAUGGAUGCGGCUUUGCUCAAGUUAAAUGCAUCCCUAACGGGCACAAAUAUUGGAACCAUAUCGAUGGCCACCACUCGACCCAAGGCAGGGGCAAAAGUACGCAUUGCGGGUUGGGGCGUGACCUCGGAGGGCAGCUCCAGCGCCUCCAAAACGCUGAGGGCCACCCAGAUCCGGGUGUCCCGGCAGCAAAAGUGCCGAACGAACUAUCGCAGCAAGGCCACCAUUACCAAGUACAUGUUUUGUGGCCGGGCAGCUGGGAAGGAUACCUGCAGCGGAGAUUCCGGAGGACCUGUGACCAGGAACAACACCCUCGUGGGCAUAGUAUCCUUUGGCUAUGGCUGCGGCAGAGCCGGAUUUCCAGGUGUCUACACAGCCGUCUCCUCAAUACGCACGUGGGCCAACAACGUUAUGGCCAAUAACUAAGGGGUCCUAAGUCUGAUCUAGAUCUUAAGGUCGUUAGUUGCUACUUGCGAUUAAAUAAAUAUUUGUUAAUCAAA